AUGCGACCCAAAGGGCCAGCCAUUGUUGCAGAAGUGCUGGAUUUAUUUUUUGGAGAAAACAAAGAUGCUUUGAUAUUGGACGCAGGAGCUGGCACCGGAUGGGUCGGGAAAGCGAUUCAAAAACGUGGGUUCACAAACCUGGAGGCUCUGGACGGAAGUCAGGAGAUGUUGAACAUAGCCAAUCAGAAAGGGAUUUACAAGAGGAGUAUUUGUGGUUUAUUAGGGCCGAAUAGAUUGGAUAUCGAAUCAGGAUAUUAUGACUGCGUGGUCUCUGUUGGUUGCUUGGCGGCGAACAACAUCGAUGCCAGCUGCCUUUCAGAACUUAUUAGAAUCACCAAGCCAGGCGGGUAUAUUGUCAUGGCUACAAGAGAGGAACAUAUUCCAGACUGUGGGUAUGACGGCAAGAGCUGGGACGACUGGCUGAAGAUUCACGAAGACAACGGGCUUUGGAAGAAAGUGGAAAUACGGAAGGAAGAGAAAUAUGUGGCCGAUGUUGCUACAGGCAUCAUUUAUAUAUACCAGGUCUUAUAGAACUACAUGUACCAGUCAUACUGCCCAGUGUGAUAUUCCGUAUAUCUCUCUUGCGGACUUAUAUAUGAUAAA